UCUGUGGAGUAACUACCUAAGGUUACAUAAUACAUAGUGGCCUAAAAUUCAAUACUAAAGACAUUUAAGUAAUUAAAAAUUUCAAGGAUCAUAUAUAUGAUAAUUAUUCUAAUUAACAGUUACACCUGUUAAUAGGUGACGUAAAUUAACACUAAUAUCAAACUUGCGGCCGUCCGUCAGUAUGUAACUGUGCGCGCGCGGUGUGAACGUGCGCGUCGUGCCGGAAAAGCGCACGCGGCCGCGAUCAUCUGCCGUCCACCUCGCCGCGACUCCUGCGCACGUACCCGACACCCAAAUACGUAUCUCCAAGAGUAUCACAGCGACAUGAAAUUCCUUACACAAUAGAAAUCAACCGUGCGUGACGGCGGUUCCCGUGUUUUUGUUCUUCAUAUUUAUCUAACGGUUGCCUUGCCUGAAAAGUUUUAAACUUCCUCAAGUUUAAUUGAUAUAUAUCUAUAGCAAAAGUAGACACACAUCGAUAUGGAAAAAAAUGACUCUUUUGCUAUCGUAGAUAUCAAUAUAGAUACUAAUAAUAAAGAAAAUAUGAAUACAGAAACAGACACAGACAAGGAUAACACCAAAUACAAACCCCCUUUUAGAACUGUGAUUAAGAUUCAACGGGAGCGAGGAGAGCGGGACUACAUCGGUUUCGCGACACUGCCGGAGCAGGUGCAUCGCAAGUCUGUGAAGCGAGGGUUUGACUUUACUCUGAUGGUGGUUGGAGAAUGUGGUCUCGGAAAGUCCACACUCAUCAACAGCCUAUUUUUGGGAGACCUCUACAAGAACAGGAAAAUACCUGAUGUACAAGAUAGAAUAGAAAAGACCACAACGAUCGAAAAGAAAACAAUGGAAAUCGAAGAGCGUGGUGUGAAACUAAGGCUGACUAUAGUAGACACGCCCGGGUUCGGCGAUGCUAUCAACUGCGAGGACUCGUGGCGAGUGUGCUCGGCCUACAUAGACGAGCAGUUCAGACAGUACUUUACGGACGAGAGUGGUCUAAACAGGCGGCAUAUGCAGGACAAUAGGGUACACUGCUGUCUGUACUUUGUACCACCUUGGGCACAUAGUCUAAGACAUGUGGAUUUGGAGAUGAUGAAGAGGCUACAUCGGAAGGUGAACAUAGUGGUAGUGAUCGCCAAGGCAGACUCGCUCACAGCUGCUGAAGUGAAGAAGCUCAAAGCACGGAUACUUUCCGACCUCGAAGAGCAUCAGAUACAAGUAUACCAGUUCCCAGAAUGCGACAGCGACGAGGACGAGGAAUUCAAGCAGCAGGACCGCGAGCUGAAGGCGGCAGCGCCGUUCGCAGUGGUCGCAUCAGACACCGUGUUAGAGAUCGGAGGCAAGCGCGUGCGCGGCCGACAAUACCCUUGGGGAAUCGUCGAUGUGGAGAACCCGCGGCACUCGGAUUUCACCAAGCUGCGCACGAUGCUCAUCUCCACGCACAUGCAGGACCUGAAGGACGUCACACAGGACGUGCAUUACGAGAACUUCCGUGCCCAAUGCAUUUCCCAGAUAUCACAGCACGCCAUGAGAGAAAGAGGAAAACUGAAAAGAGAUUCAAUGGGCAACAACAACGAUCAAGUAGUUAUAACAGAUACCGACCGACUGCUGUUGCAAAAGGAUGAAGAGAUCCGACGCAUGCAGGACAUGUUAACACAAAUGCAAGAGAAACUCAAAGCUUCCGACAAAAAACACGACAGUAUUAUAGACGUAUAAGAUAGACUGCAUUGUAUUACGUAGUACCUAUUAUUAACCACAUUAGAGAUUGUUAUUGUACCUUAUAAUUUUAAAAAACCAUUACUAAAACCUCUUUAGAAAAAUUUGAUGAAUUUAGAUUUUUGAUACAUACUUAAAUUAAAUUUGUUACCUACUUACUUUAUAUUUAAUUUUUAGAGAAUACUUAUUGCAUUUACACUUAAUAGUAUUCUGAAAUGUUUAUGCAUUCAGCUAGUUUAAUUAAACAUUAUAUUGCGAACCUUUAACUGAACUGAAAAAUAAACAGGGAAAAUGGUUUUCGCACAUAUGGUACAAACUCACAAAAAGGUAGUUUCAUUUUGAUAAACUUAUUGAGCGAAUUGAAUACAGCACUUCGUUCAUUAAUCACAUCAUCAUUAAAUACAAUUAUAUCCAUACGGAACUCUAACUUACGUUAUAAUGUCAUCGUGAUGAGAUCGAAACGUAUGGCACCAAUACAAGAACCCCAUAGACCUAGACAGAUCUAGCUAAAUUCCGCAAGUGUCCUUAUAUGUUCGCCAGAGAAAUCGCUUGGCAAAACUCUUUAAAAUAAAGUGCAAUGGACGUUUCUUCGAAACUGUUUUAAACUAUUAUGUUGUAAUUGUCACUAACCAAAGUACCUAUAUCUUAUAGUUUUAAGCUGUAGAAUCAAAUCUAUCAAAAAAAAUUUGAUGACUUAUUGAUUUUUAUACAGAUGGUGACUACUCGCGGUAUCUAGCUAGUGUAAUUCGAGCGAUCUUAAGUGACUCUAAACUAUAUUUAAUUUGAAAUUUCUUCAGAUCUAUUUAAACGAUAUUAAGUAUUGUAAGAUUUCACAAUAUCUAAAUAUCUGCUCACUACAACAAAAACGUCCAAAGUAAAAAGCAAUUUAGAAUACCGAAAAAAUAAUUUUAUACAAAAAAACAAUACAAGGAAUAUGCCUACCUACAAAACAAUAGGUAAGUAUCCAGUAAGUUGCAAUAUAUUUCCAGUUUUCAAAAUUAUAGCUUAAUAAAAGUUUUAACAUUCCGUUGUUGUACAGCAAUUACUUACCUAGUAAUACCAAAGUUUACAGCAAAACGAACAUUUGUAGCGAUAUUAUUGUAGAUAUUAAAAGUAAAAAUUGAUACUUUA